CUUGUUGGCCGCCGCAGUUUCCCGGCGCUGCGGACAGCAGAGGCAGCGGGUGGCCGCGGCUGCUCCGCGCCCCCUUCGGGACCGCCGCUAAGGGUUGAGGCCGGCCCGUCGCGCCUCGUUUCCUCGGGCCCGCCGCUGAGUCGGUGCCGCAGCCGGGAGCGGAGACGAAUCUGCCGGGCCCGUGCUGCCGCUAGCGCGGUUUGGGCCGUUGUCAGGGAGAAAUAAGAUGGCGGCCGCGGCGGCGGAGGAGGACACGGAGCUGCGGGACCUGCUGGUGCAGACGCUGGAGAGCAGCGGCGUGCUCAAUAAGAUCAAGGCAGAGUUGCGAGCAGCUGUAUUUUUGGCACUAGAAGAACAAGAGAAAGUGGAGAACAAAGCACCUCUGGUAAAUGAAAGCUUGAAAACUUUCUUAGGUACAAAAGAUGGUCGUUUGGUAGCAGGUCUUGUUGCAGAAUUUCUACGUUUUUUCAAUCUUGAUUUUACAUUGGCUGUUUUCCAGCCUGAAUCAAGCACAAUAAAUGGCCUUGAUGGUCGAGAAAACUUAGCUCGAGAUUUGGGAAUUACAGAAGAAGGAGGUACUGUGGGUGGUCCCCUCUUAUUGGAGGUUGUUCGAAAAUGUCAGCAGAAAAAUAUUUCAGGCAAUGGAGAAGUGCCUCCAGUUCUAAGUGAUAGCCUGUGCCCCACAUCAAAAUCAUCUGAUGGAAGGUCAAGUACACACCCUGUACCAAGUAAGGCUGCUGAAACCACUCAAAAUGAUACAAGUGAUUCAUCAGGGGAAGGAAGCAAAAGAAGCAUUCAUUUUCUGCCUAAUGAAACAAACCUAGAUUCUCAACUAGAAAACAAAGACUUAAAUACCAAAGAAAAAAGUGAUCCAGGUGUGGAUGAAGAUGAUGUAGAGGGAGAUUCUUUUUUCGAUGAUCCUAUACCCAAACCAGAAAGAACUUAUGGCUGGAAAACUGAAGCUAAUAAAGCAGGAGGUCUAGCAUCCCUUUCUGAUGCACCGCCUCUGAAAAGUGGGUUAAGCUCUCUGACUGGUGCACCUUUGCUAAAGGAGUCUGAUAAUUUGCAUAGAAACACUGUUUUGAAAGACCUGCGGUUGGUGAAUGCAAAACUGGGAUCACUAGAAUUAGGAAACGGAGAUGAUGACGAGUAUGCUGAUGACUUCAACAGUACUAGUCAUCGCUCAGAAAAAAGUGAUAUCAGUAUUGGUGAAGAAAUAGAUGAAAUUUCUGUGGGAACAGAAGAGUCAAUUGCCAGUGAUAAACUUGAAGGCAUCACGCAAGACCUUACUAUUUCUCAGUUAAGUGAUGUGGCAGAUUAUCUAGAAGACGUGGCAUAGAAUUGGACAGCAAAAAUGUUUCAUUGUGCUGGACUAGAAGACUGCUGUGGACUGUUAAUUUCAGACAAUCACUUCUUGCUGGAACGUCCACUCUAUUUGUGCCUUGUGUUUCAAAAAGACUAUACGUGGAGAAGGCUUUUAAAUAUUCUUAACAAGAACUAAAUGAAAUAUUGUGUUCCCAUUUGAGUCUAAUAUUUUCUUCAUUUGGUUCAGCCAGACCUUUUACAGCAGGAGGUGGAUUUUCCACGCAGGAUGUCCAUUGCUGGCAGUGGGCAUAAUAAAAACCAAUUGAUAAGAGAACAUCGUCAGAGAAGCAUGUGGCUUUAUAAUAAACUUGCACUGUUAUUGUAACAGUCUGAAUUUUUUUUUAAAGAUAACCAAAGCAAGAGCCUUCAGAGGUAGUAGUUCAACUCACACUUUUUACCAUAAUUUUGCCAAGUCAGUAUGUAAUACAUAUUUAUGGUAAUUCUAGCCACAAUACCCAGUUGCUUGAGACUUACUUGAAACUGCUGGUUUUCAGACUCUUUUGAAAGUUGGACUGUUUUAGGCACAUCACAUUGAGAGUAUUCAAACUCUCAAGUCCAAAUUUAGCUAAAUUUAAGAGCUAAAUUUAGGACUAGUCUUAACUCGCACUAUUCUUGUUUAAGUAUGUUUUUCAGACCAUUGAUGUUGAAGACCUAAGCUGUUUUUAUACAUGAUAACUUCAUUUAUGUUAUCUGUUGUUAAAGCAUAAGAAGUAAUUUUGUAAGGAUCCACAAGUUAAUCCACAAAGGAUUAACUAAAUCUUAGUGGUUUUUAAAUUUUUAGCAAUGUAGUAAUGGUUUGUGGAGCUUUUAUUACUGACGGCUCUUCAUGUGCUGUAAGCUCACUUUCAUUCUUGAAAAUCCUUAUUGUGUAAAAAUGAGCGCCAAAAAGUGAAAUCACUAACCUUGUUUUUCAGAUUGAUUGCUGUACAGAAAUACAUCCAAAUGUUUAAAAAUACCAUACAGAAGAUGUUACAGACACUAAGUUCUAGCUAGGAGCAAAUUCUUGUACUUUCAUUAUACUUUUGCAGAACAGGGUCAGUAAUGGAAACAUUGACAGUUCUUUAACAAUACUGUUGUACAUGGCGCUGCUAUAACAUAUAGGUCAUCGACAUUUGUAAUACUGAAACAAGACUUCAAAACGUGCACUUUCUGAACAUUGUGAACACACUUGGAAAAUAUACAUGUAAGUGGAAUAUAAAUAACUUAAUUUUGGGAUUUUUUUAAGGCUUUGUAAUUUUUUUUUGCAGGAACACUGUUGGCUGCUCAUCAGUGAUCACCACGGUGGAAGUAGCAUGCUAAACUAAAGCCAUUGGUUAAACAUAUAUAGAGCUGCUACUAGCACUGGAUGCUGACUUAAAUCUUUGUUUGCACUGGGCCAGCAGGCAUGGAGCAGUGCUGGGAAGUUAGGCUUGUACAGUACAUGAAUGAUCUGAGAGGAGAGAAGAAAAGUGUGCCUUUUAUUUCUGUGCACCCCAAAACAGCCAGCAAAAAGCAUUAGGAUAUUUAGUCAUGGUGUUAACUUUGUGCCAUAUUGUAGCAGCUGAACACAGAGCAGAAUUUUUUUCACCCCAAAAAAUCAGUGUGCCAUAGACUUCAAAUAGCAACAAUGUUGUAACAUAUACAUCCUGUGGAAAAAAAAAAAAAAGAAAAAAAGAAAAAAAAUCCCUUUGAGUAUGAGGGAACCUGUGCCUCAAGAUACUGUGUAUGAGAAGUUUGUUUGGGGCUGGUUUGGGAUUUUUUUGGGGGGAGGGGGUGUUGUUGAGAAGUGCAACAGCGUGAAUGAAGGAAAUAAAAAUCCAUUUGAGCACCUGGGAACAAGUGAUUUCUGAUAUUCAUUUUUUUAAGCUGUAUGGAAUAAUGUAGAGGCAGUGGUUUUUUUAAUACGUCUUGGGAAAACAUGAUGUUCUGUUAGCUGUAGAUAUGGAGCAAUUUAUCAUACCAAAAGAAACAAAAUCUUUGCUAAAUGAUUUCUAAUUGCAUUUGAAAAUGUGGCCUUUUAAAUAACUAAUUAAGUACUUUAAGUGUGAACAUGACUCUUGUUAACAGCAAGGUGGUGUUGUCUUACCUUGGGGGUUAAUUGGAGACCUUGCAUUUUGGCUGUAAUUUAAGGAAAUGCCAAAAAGUAUGAAGUGUCCAUGCUGUUCCUCCUGUGGACUCUUAUUGAAUUGUGUGUAAUAACUCAAAUUGCAAAAUAAAGCUGUUGUGCUGGCCGAAUUGUA